CAGUCAAUACAACCGCACAGAGCCAACUAUACUAUUGCCAACUAUUCUGUCGCCUUUACCAAAGAAUACCGUGUGCUCGCCGCAAACAGCGGCGAUGGAGGAAUGCCUCGGUCCGAGGAGUCCGAGGAGGAGGACGACGACGACGACGACGACUCGACGAUCGUCGUCCACGAAGACGCGUUGAUCGAGAUCCAGAAGAGACUCCCUGUCAAAUCCCUUUGCCGGUUCAAGUGCGUAUCCCGUCGGUGGCGCUCCCUCAUCUCCAGCCGCAGCUUCAUCGACUCCCAUUUCGCCCACUCCGAGACUCGCCCUAAGCUCAUCGUCAGCUUCCCCGCCCGAAAUCCCGACGGCAGGUCCUUCCUACGGCUCUGCCUGGUCGACCAAUCUCAUCCUCGGAACGGUCGACCCCAGCUCGUUAGACGUGGCCUGCUAGUCCCCGACUGGUCUGGUUAUUACUGUUCGCCAUCUGUCGAGGGCCUGGUCUGCCUCGAGGUUGCUAGUGGAGUCAACAUAUGCAAUCCCAGCACUGGGAAGCAAGUGACUUUCGAAUUGCCUCACGCAGCCGCGAGUUCUGCACAUUCGCAGGCAACGCACUCUUUUGGGUUCGAUCCUGUCAAGAGGGAGCACAAGGUUUUGAGCACAGUGCUCAGGCCGGAAUCGGGCCACCCCAUCAUGGAGUCGUGGGUGCUCACUCUGGGGACGAAUGAGUGGAGGCCGGUCGAGCACUGUCCUCCCCAUCACAAGAAGGACGGCGAGUUCUGCUUCGAUGGGGUGCUCUAUUAUACGGCUUGGAAUUGCUCACCGGUCUUCGUCGAGUGCAGUGAAAUUUACCUGGUGGCGUUCCAUCUGAGCACGGAGAGCUUUCGCAUGAUCGUGACUCCCGCCAGAGCCAGCAAACAAGCGCUCAUUAAAUUCGAGGGGCACCUUGCGGUGGUGGAUUGUUCCAGUGCUCUUUCUGGUGCUGAGGUGAUUAUGUGGAUCCUGGAGGACUUUGACCGGGAGAUUUGGAAGAAGAGAGUCUUUGUCUUGCCUCCGUGUUGGAAGAAGAUGGUUGGGGACAGUUAUGUUUCUGCAGUGGGCAUGGUUCGUUCCGGCGAACUCUUGUUCGCUGAAACCCAAACCGUAUCGGCGUCGUUUUUCGAUCUGAACGCGUUUUAUAAAGUGUUUUAUUACGAUCUGAAGACCAACGGCUUUAGGCGGAGUGAGAUUCAUAUAUUGCCUCCCCCUGAAUCUUUUGAAUUGCCUAACCGUAUACCUUGUAUGUAUUUUUUACUUUGUCAGCUGAGGUUUUCCGAUCAUGUGGAGAGUUUACUGCCGCUGGGAAACUAGCCAGCCAACUCUUCCCUGCGGCCUGAAGUUUCAGUUCAUUCGUCGAUUGGUUUUGGAGUAUGCGCUUAAAUUAUGUAAUGGCGAAUUAUUUUGAACCUGGAAGAUGAAGAACUGCUGUAAGCAUUCGGCUUGUUGUUGAAGUGUUGACUGCUGCAUUUCGCUGUUGAUUUCAUGUUUUUUCCUGGAUGACAAUUGAUUUCAUUUGCCUA